UAUUCUUCCCGCCGGAAUUGUAUAUAGUCAUCGGAGUUAUGACACUAGCUAACUAGUUACAUUAAAAUGGCCAUAUUAAAAUGUGUCAUUGUAUUAAAUCAAUUAAUCAUACCAAGGUGUAUGUAUUAAGGCUACGCUAACUGACUCGAGCUAGCUAGCUCAAGCUAUCUAUAUUAUUGGUUGGCUGUACGUUAGCAGACUGUAGUUUCUAUGGUCUGCCGGGCCGGUUCGCUGCGCAGGUUUGGAACGCGCGCCAUUUUGUGAAAUUUACAAAAAAAAAAAACUGUUUUUAAGAAAACAAGGGCUUCAAUGUUUGGACGCAUUUUUUGACAUGAGUUGUAAACAAUGCCGCUAUCGCUGGCAUGGAAUUCUUGGCCAGCUGACGAUGUGCAAGCGUGCAUCGAAAUGUUGCUUUUCCUGUGCUCGGAUCGAAUAAGUUUCUGUUGACGGUGCUGGCGAGUUAACGGAGAGGCGCUGUUGAUUUGGAAACAGAAUUGACACCAACUCAUAGGAGUGAAGGCUGUACGUUGGGAAAUCAGGGGGGCUCCAUGGAGGAGAAUAGACUGGAUUUACUAAUUCGCCGUAAGGCAUUGGGGUGGAUAAAUGAGGAUAUGUUUCUCGGAUAGGAAGAGUGACAGGCACCGACAAAGGAGGAGAGACUUAAGCAUGCAAACCUUCGUCUGUCCGGCCUGCCCCCUCGUUUUCCUUCCACGCCGCCGGGCCUCCCAUGGCUGCUCCCAUGCCCCAUUCUCACCAGCAGUACAGUGAGCGGCACCAGCAGCCCACCGAGCCGGCCGGGCCGGCGCUGCCUCACAGCGAGCUAGCACAGCAGUCUAUCGGCAGCCAGGUGACCCCUGAUGUUGUCAUGUUACAGAGGCGCAUGCCCCAGUGCUUUCGCGACCCGUCCUCUGCUCCUCUGAGGAAACUCUCUAUUGACCUCAUUAAAACCUACAAACACAUCAACGAGGUUUACUAUGCAAAAAAGAAGCGUCGUCACCAGCAGGGCCAGGGAGAGGACUCCAGCCACAAGAAGGAAAGGAAGGUCUACAAUGACGGCCACGACGAUGACAACUACGACUACAUCGUCAAGAACGGCGAGAAAUGGAUGGACCGCUACGAGAUCGACUCCCUCAUAGGAAAAGGCUCCUUUGGCCAGGUUGUAAAAGCGUACGACCGUGUUGAGCAGGAGUGGGUGGCAAUUAAGAUCAUCAAGAACAAGAAGGCUUUUCUAAAUCAAGCCCAGAUUGAAGUUCGGCUCCUCGAGCUCAUGAACAAACAUGACACAGAGAUGAAGUACUACAUAGUUCACCUGAAGCGCCACUUUAUGUUCCGGAACCACCUCUGCUUGGUGUUUGAGAUGCUCUCCUACAACCUGUACGACCUACUGCGGAACACCAAUUUCCGCGGCGUUUCGCUCAACCUCACCCGCAAGUUUGCCCAGCAGAUGUGCACGGCGCUGCUGUUCCUGGCCACGCCCGAGCUCAGCAUCAUCCACUGUGACCUGAAGCCCGAGAACAUCCUGCUCUGCAACCCCAAGAGGAGCGCCAUCAAGAUCGUGGACUUUGGCAGCUCCUGCCAGCUGGGCCAGAGGAUAUACCAGUACAUCCAGAGUCGUUUCUACCGCUCCCCUGAGGUGCUGCUGGGAAUGCCUUAUGACCUGGCCAUAGACAUGUGGUCUCUGGGCUGUAUCCUGGUGGAGAUGCAUACCGGGGAGCCCCUGUUCAGCGGGGCCAACGAGGUGGAUCAGAUGAACAAAAUAGUUGAGGUGCUGGGUGUGCCUCCCAAUCACAUACUGGACCAGGCGCCCAAGGCCAGGAAGUUCUUUGAGAAAAUGUCUGACAGUACGUGGAGUGCAAAGAAGACCAAAGAUGGCAAACGGUAUAAGCCGGCGGGGACGCGUAAGCUGCACAGCAUCCUGGGCGUGGAGGCGGGUGGGCCGGGGGGGCGGCGGGCGGGCGAGUCGGGCCACGCCGUUGCCGACUACCUGAAGUUCAAGGACCUGAUCCUGCGCAUGCUGGACUACGACGCCAAGGGGCGCAUCCAGCCCUACUACGCCCUGCAGCACAGCUUCUUCAAGAAGACCGCCGACGAGGGCACCAACACGAGCAGCAGUGUGUCCACCAGCCCGGCCCUGGAGCAGUCCCAGUCAUCAGGCACCACCUCCAGCACCUCCUCCAGCUCAGGGGGCUCCUCUGGCACCAGUACCAGCGGGCGGGCACGCUCAGACCCCAUGCAUCAGCACCGGCACAGCGGAGGACACUUCAGCGCUGCCGUACAGGCCAUGGACUGUGACAACCUCUGCCCACAGCAGUCCAGGCAGCCGUUCCUCCCCCCCACGGGCUGGGACGGCGGUGACGGGACCCAGCAGGUGACGGUGGAGACCCACCCCGUCCAGGAGACCACCUUCCACGUGCCUCCCCAGCAGCCCAAGGCCCUCCACCCCCUGGCCAGUGCUAACAGCUCCUCCCACCCCCAUCACCAUGGCCACCAUCACCAUGGCCACCAUCACCACGGACACCACCACCCCCAUGGACAGCAGGGCCUGCCAGCUCGGCCUCGGCCACGCCUUUACCACUCGCCCACCAACAGCGCCUCCACACAGGACUCCAUGGAGGUGGUGCACGGCCACCUGUCCAUGACCUCCCUGUCUUCCUCCGCCUCGUCCUCCUCCACCUCUUCCUCCUCCACCGGGAACCAGGGCAACCAGGCCUACCAGCUGCGCCCGCUCCCAGCCAACGCAGCCUUGGACUUUGGCCAGAAUGGCAGCAUGACCAUGGGACUGGGUGCCUUCUCUAACCCCAGACAGGAGACUGGCAUGGCAGGCCACCCCACCUACCCUCUGGGCACGAACACGGGGCCCGGUCACUACAUAACGGAGGGCCACAUGGGCAUGAGACAGGGCAUUGACAGGGAGGAGUCUCCCAUGGCAGGCGUCUGCGUACAGCAGAGUUCUGUUGCCAGUUCGUGACUAAACUGAGGAUGGGUUGUUAUUUCUUUCAGUAUUUUUUUCAUUUUUUUUUCGUUUUUCUGUGUAUUUUUUAAAAGGUGGUGUUUUUUUUAAAUGACAAGAAAAGUGCAUAGAGAUCAAAAAGCUGCUUAAAAUUCAAGGGGAGAUGAUCACUCACCCGCUACAAGUGUGCAGAGCCGACAUCUCUCCUGUCCUCCAUCCAAAGUUUCUCUCCUUGGUUCUGGGUUUUCCGCACGGAUUUCUGACUCAUCACUUUGUGUUCACAGGGAUUAUUACCAAUGUUUUAUUGACUUGACCGUCUUGCAUAUUAUACUUAAUCAUCCAUUCAUUACACAAACACCUCUCUCUCUACUCUGCAUGGUUUACAUUAAUCCUUGUUAAUGUCAGCCCGGAGUUAGUUACUUUUUGUUGAAAAGUUUGUUGUUCUUAAAACAGAAAUGCUAUACACCAUUACAUUUCCCCUUAACUAUUCCUAUCCACACUUUUCUACUUUAUGUUUGCAUAAGCUUUCCAUAUGUGGCAAGAAUUAUUUUGAGUGUUUCUGUAUUUAUUCAUUUAGUUUCGGUUUAAUGUUAAUGCAGUUCCACAAUGGAGCAAUGUGAGGCCUGUAGAGGAAAGAAGGGAAGCCGGCACAAAUUCCAUCAGGUUGUGCGUUAGUUGGAGUGUGAUACAUUGCGGAGCCUGCCAGCAACAUGGGCCUUAUUGGCUCUUUUGGCCUUAUUGUUUUGUUUUAGUUUUUUGAAACUUCUCUGAAAGAUGCGGAAGGAAAGUGAAAGAAGAACAUUACAGUUUAAUGAGUAAAAUAUAUUUCCUGUAUUUUUGAAGUCUGGAUAAAGGAAACCCUUAAUUCUUGUCAGAAGAAAAAAUUUAAAGUAAAGGAGUUUUUUUGAUGGUAAUUUAAGAGGCCUUUCUUUAAGAUUUGACUUGCUAGGCCCCCUGAUUGCUGGACCUUUGCGAGUUCCACAGAAGUAGUUUUAUUUUGUAUUUUUGUUUACAGAUGGAUGAAAUCAGCUAUGAUUGUCCCUGUCCUGCUUUAUACUUGCUUUUAUUUUUCUUUGCUUCUUUUUUCUUCAGCAUGUGGUUCCCACAACAGAGUAUGGACAAAUGUCUUCUGUUCAUCUUGAAAAUGAAAACGUGCAGAAUUUUAUGCGAUUUAUUUCUUUUUUGCCUCACAAUUAUGCUGUGAAUUUUACAAGAAUUUUAUUUCCAUUUGAUAAUUUAUUGUACCAAAGCAGUUUUUUUUUUUUUAUAGCACAUAGAUGUCUGUAACCAAUAAUGUAGCAGUUCUGCACUUUGACACAAGGUGUAUCAAGACCUUUUUUUAAAUGUCAGUAAAAAUGGCUGUAUCUAUUGCUUUAGCAAAACUGGAACUGUUGUUAAACUCAGUACAUUUACUAUUAGCUGUAUCCUCGACAGAAUUGGUUGUAAGUUUUUAGUUUGUUUCUUUUUUUUUUCCUUUUUUAUAGAAAAAAUGAAACUAACAAAAACAAAAAUUCUUUCAUUGAUAGAACUUUUUUCCGUUAACAAGGACUUGAAGGAGACAUGAGAUGCGAUGCUGGCUGCUACUCUGCAGGUUCCGGAGUAUCAGUCUGGUGACUGAGUUGAGGCCAGCCCUUGUGUUCACGCGUCAGAAGAGGGAAGGGCUUAAACGUGAACAACAGUGCUUUAAUCCUUCAAUUUGUGACCUAGGAUUUAUGGGAUUUAAGCUGUUUCAAACGUGCCUACCUAUUUGGCUAAUACUGCAUUAGAAACCUAUAGUGGCAGUCUUCACGGCAGUGGCUAAAAUCUUCACGUCCCCCAACCCUCCCCCUCCCCUCAAAUUUGAAGCAACCCUCUUUGACCAAGCUGAGCAAAGGCACUGUACACAUUCAAAAUUCAAUAAAUGUUUUUUAGGAGAGGGAGAUAACUUCUCUAAAUUAGCGUGUAUCCACAUGUUUGACAAACUCACCGUGAGUGUUGAAUCCAAAAGGAAACUAGUAGGGAUGGUGUGAGAAGUGAGCCCUGCCUGCUGGAUGUUUGUAGAGAUACUCCAGACUUUUCGUGCGAUGCCUGGAGAAGGAAGUGGAACUGGGCCAAUCUGUGUUGUGCCAGUUCAAAGGAGUGGCAACAGCUAGGGGAAAGGUAUCCAUGAAAAAAAAGGAGAAAAACACAGGCUUCAGGUGUUUACUUUUCAACCCCAUUUUAAUAGUUGAAAUAGAAUUUUAUGUAUAUAUUUAUAUUUUUUUAAUAAAGGAAGUUUAGAACUCACUACUUUUUUCCUAAUGGUAUUUUGAUUACAUUUAAGUCAAUGUGGAGACCAUGCAGUGGAAGUUCUUCUGUGAUAUUAGUCAAUGGGUAACAGUGCUUCCAGGCCAAAGUAGUUUGACAAUGCCAGUACAAAUGCAAGUCUUGUAGGGUUUAAACAUUUUAACAGGAGAGAAUAGUUAUUCAUACCUUAAAUAUUAUAGACAGGGUAUAGUGUGUGGGUGUAUGUCUAUGAAUCUGAAUGACAGCAGUGUUUUAAUAUAUAACAUACAUAAGCAAUUAUGUACACAUAUUACAGUAACUAUUUUUUAGUUGCAUCGGAAAUUGGAUUAAACUUCAACCGUGGGUCAAUUUUUGAAGUUAGGCUAAUACAUGUGUGUAGAAAGCCAUUAUCAUCAACACAAUAUAACCACAAACAUCAAAUGAUUAACUCCCAAGUUUUAAGUAUGAUUUAUGCUCUUCACCAUAUUCCAUUCAGAAAAUUGCUUUUUUUUGUCCUCCAGCCCUGUCCCCUGACCCCCUAGUCUGGGUUUAAGUGAUUGACAACACAGUUUGGUUACAGGUUGUCUGACGUGCACUGUAAAGAUUUAAACAGCAUGGGAAAAGGAGAAAUACCUGUGUCCACAGAUUGUAAGAUCUAGUCAAACUUGCUGUGUAUAUGAUAAUGUUACAAAAAGAUAAAAAAUGGACAAGCCCUUUGUAUUAUAUUCAAACGGUCUUAUGUAUGAUAUAAAAACGUUAAUUAA